AUGCGUGUCACAAACAAGAAGGAGUGGGACCAGUUUUGCCGUUCGGCAUGCACCAAAGCCUUCCCCAUCAGCCUUGCCAGCGUUUACCAGACCAACAAGGGUGACCUCUUCGAGAAGUGGCUCGAGGGGAAUAAGGAUUGGGGCCAGGCUGAGCUUCUCGUGCAACGGAGUGCUUCGAACACCAACUUGAACCGGAAACAAUGGCAGGCUGUGAAAGGCCGUACUUUGAAGGAAGACUAUGGCGAGGAGAAAGCUCGCAAGUUGAUGGAGCUGAGACGCUCAUCGGGGCUUUGGUACGCGGAUGAGGACUUCCCUGAUGACACUGAGGAAGCCUGGUACUACAUGUCGGUUGGCCACAAGGUUCGACAAGACAACGAGACCCGCGAGAGCAUGAAGAUUCAGGGCCAAGUGGCCUGCGACAGCAGCAUGCUGACCGCCCUCACAGCGGAUGGCUCAGCGCUGGCGAAGGGAGCCUUGCCGGAGGGCCUCAUGCGACACGCCGUGGAAACAGAGAAGAUCUACCACAUGCUCGCCAAAGCAACCUCGGGUGUCGGCGAUGAAGCUUGGUACCAGAAGACGUUCUCCACCUUGGAUGAGAAGCACGCUUGGUUCGUCAAAGCCAAGGCUGCCGCUGAAGCCAUCUUUGCUGGGAUCAAGAAGGCCGAGAAAAAGGAGCAGAAGGAGAAGAACGCGGGCGAGGGCGGCAACAAGAAGCGCAAGCGCGGCGGCGCCGAGCCCGAGAGUUCUGAGAAUGCUCUUCGCGACGCAGAGGCCUGCCUGUUCGCGGCAUUGGUGCUGGGAGGGAACCAGGAGCGCGAUUUGCAGCGAUGGUUGAAGAACCUGGUGAACCUGGAGCCUUACGAGAUACAGCUGGCUGGACUCUUGAAAGCUGCGGGUGGGACCUUCUUCACAAUAUCUAUUUGGGUGUUGGCCGUGACCUUUUUGCUUCAGUGCUACGGGCGCUAUUUCUGGAAGGUUGGUAUCAAGAUUACGGGAACACUGAGGCUGUACCUCCCACGGCGGAGACUCACUGUUGCGAAUCUCAACACGUGGGGGCACGAGGAGUAUGCCGAGCUUGGGAGCAAGUUCAAAGCUGCCCAUGACCACUUGCUCUGUGUCCUGGCUACCUGCUGCUGGUCCCUGGCGAAUGCCACCGGUGUACUUGACCGAGCAUCUCUCCUUCUUCUCGAAGAAGAAGCUGUUUCUGCUUCAGACUGUUUGUUCUCUUUCCUCCGGGCCUACCAGUACCUAGCCCUGCACUACAGAGAGCGCAAGGUGCUGGUUUUCAAACUAAGACCCAAACACCAUUAUGUGUGGCACACUGCCUGGCAAAUUAGGUUGUACAGAGUGAACCAACGACUGUUUCACACCUGGGAUGACGAAUCCUUCCUGGGGAAGUUAAAGUACAUCGCCCGCUGUUGUCACGGCCUGACAAUGUCCCGCCGGGUAUUUUCAAGAUACCUUUUGGCGUUUGGGGUCUUCUUAGGCGCAGGCAAUCGUGCCAAAGGCGCUUCGCCCCUAUAG